AUGGCGGACAUACAUCAAGUUUCCUCUUCUGAGGAUGAGUUCGAUCUCCCUCCUGGAACGUUCAAAUUGAUUCGAGACGAUGAGUCGGAUGAGCACGGCCAACGGGUUGUCAUGCUCGACCCAAUGCCGUCAAACGAUCCCAACGAGCCAUUGAAUUGGAGCACAAUGCGAAAGUCGGUCAAUUUUACCAUUGUGCUAGCAAUGACAAUCAUCAUCUUCACAGCAUUAUCCAUCCAAGCGAUAUUCUGGCAGCAGAUGACCGUGGAUCUCCAAGUGACAUACACCGAGUUGAAUCGAGCCAUGUCAGUCAAUUUCGUCGGCCUGGCUACCGGGUGUAUAUUCUUCAUCCCCUUCGCGAGAAAAUACGGUCGACGACCAGUUUACAUUGUCUCUACCGCUUUCAUGUUGAUCACAUCUUUUUGGACAUCGAGAAUGCAUAGCAUAACCGAGCUAUAUGUGACGAACCUACUGCAAGGCUUGGCUGGUGCUACCAAUGAAUCCAUUGCUGAGAUAACUAUUGCCGACCUGUUCUUUGUUCACCAUCGCGGAUCGAUGAAUGGUUUGUAUAUGACCUGUGUAAUGAUCGGUAGUUUCUUGACCCCCAUGGCAGCCGGUACCCAAGCUACAAGACAAGGAUGGCGGAUGUCCUAUCAGACCAUGGGUGUCUUCAAUGCCGUGCUAUUCUUAUGUUUCUGUUUCCUAUACGAGGAGACAAAAUAUGUUCCUCUCUUCACAGGAAGAACAAGUACCACCGAAGAGGAGAACGAACAAAUCGAGGUAUCUUCACAACAUAAAAAGAAACAGCAAGACAAAGGAGAUACCACAACAGCUGCCCAGAAAAUCAAGUCGGCCACAAAGCCCAGCGCAGGUCACCACCACCUCGAUCUAACAAUUCCAUGCAGCUCAUGGACAAAGCGACUGGCGCUUAUAACACCCACACCGGAGCCCAUCUGGCCUCAUUUCUACCGCCCAUUUCGAGUAUUCAUCUUCCCAGCCGUUGCAUUCGCCGCCCUCCAGUACGCAGCAGGCGUUGUCUGGCUUACCAUCCUAUCCAACGUGCUAGCACUCACAUUUCCAUUGCCGCCCUACAAUUUCACACCCGAACAGAUAGGAUUCAUGAGUGUCGGUCCAUUCAUCGGUAACGUCUUCGGUGCUGUAUAUGGUGGUGUUCUAGGCGACAGGUCCAUCCUUUACUUUUCGCGGAGAAACAAGGGAUACUACGAGCCCGAGAUGCGUCUUUAUAUCUUGCAUCUUCCCGCUAUCCUCAUGGCGGGUGGCUUGAUUAUGUUCGGUGUCACCAUCUCCCGGGGCAUGCAUUGGAUCUAUCCCAGUGUGGCGGGCGCCCUGUUCGGUUUCGGACUGGGUAGUAUCGGUGACGCGGCACUUGUCCUGGUCAUGGACAGUUACCAAGAUAUAACCGGUGAAGCCUUCACUGCCGUCGCAUUUAUGCGUAACGCAGUUAGCAUCGGGAUCCCCUUUGCGAUAUCACCUUGGAUCCAAAGCAACGGUCUGCAGACGAUGUUCAUCGCAUGUGGCUUCAUCAGCUUUGGUGUAACACUGACCAUUAUACCUAUGGUCAUCUGGGGUAAAGACGUCCGUCGCGGGCUUGCGGGACGAUACCGUGGUAUUGUUGAGAAACACGGGCGUGCUGGUCCGCGGUGA